AGAAGACGGAUAGCCUCUCACUUUUCAUAUUUCUUCAAAAACUUUUCCUAGUUUCUUCUUAUCACUACCAACAAUGCAAACUUUAAUAUUAGCCAUUUUCCUUCCCUGUAUUGUUUUGGCAUUUCCACCUCGUCACUCCGAUCCUUUUAACCCAUUAGGCCCAUGGCACAAGAGAACAAAACCAUGUGGAAUUCCAAAAUUCAUAAAUGAACUCCCAUCCGAGGCAGCUGAGAAGAUUACCAAGAUUUGGGAAAAAUAUGUGGAGGGAAAUACUUGCGAAAAGGAACAUGAAGAGACAAGAAACAUCAUCCGUGGCCUCACCACCGAGGAACGAGACAAAGUUUUCGCUGGGAGAUGUGGACCAUCCUUCUUGAAAAACGUGUCAUCCACUGUGAGAGAGGAGUUCAAGAACGUCUGGUUCGACUAUAAACUUAGCGUUGUUGAGAAGGAGCUCGCCCUUCAGAAGUUGGCUUAUUCUCUUCUCACUGGAGAAUCUCUUGCUCUGUUCAACAAAUGGGAGGAGGAGCUCAAGACAAGAAAGGUAGAGGUCGCUAGAAGACUUUCCGAGCUUUCUCCAGAUGCCAGAAAAGCCUUCGAAGAAUGGAAGGAGCUCCGUUUGAAUGAAAAGAAGUUCUUGGCAGGACUUUCCAAGGAAAUCCGCGAUGAGCUUAAGAAAAUGUUCAUUUCCUCCAAGGAUAAGGAAGUUGAAGCUACCACUACUACAACUACCACCACUACCACCACAACUACCACGACCGAAGCUCCAACUAUGCCGGAAGCUGUUUCUUCUACCACCGAGCAAUCUACCACCACCACUGCCGCUGCCAUCAUUGCCGAAGAAACCAAAGAAAAGGAAUUCUCAGCCUUCCUUUACUCUCAGACCCCAGAGGAGCUUAACAAUGAAGACCAGUGCUCUUUCCUGGCUUAAAGCUUUAUUUUGAGUUGUGUACCCUAAUUUAUUCAAAUUUGGAAUUGUCGAAAGUAUUAUUCGAGUUCAAUUCGCAGAGUUUAAUUUAUUGGCAGUGUUUUUUCUAUAUGCUUUUCUCAAAAUCAUUCCUGUAAAUUACGAUAUCAAUAAAAAAUUUCUAUCAAAAAC